AAUUUCACACAUAAAUACAAAAAUUCGGCCUCGAGAUCUUCGCAUGUGACACAUAUCUUUCGUUAAUUCCCACGUGCGAGAAUCAUAAGGUCUCACCAACUCAUUGUCAAUUAUUUUUCUAAAACGAAGUCCUUAUAAGCCUAUCAAUUUUUUUUGUUUUUUUUUUGAUAAACCCUAUCGGCUAUCCGGUCGGUCCUGGUGGGAACGCACCAUGUACAAAUCCACUUUCAUUUUUUCUCGGCAAAAGAGAGCAAGAAAAUGGAAUCUCAUGUUGUUCUUAACGCCAUAAAACCACACGUAGUUUGCGUGCCUUACCCGGCUCAAGGCCACAUCAAUCCGAUGCUGAAAGUGGCUAAACUUCUUUACGCUAAAGGCUUUUAUGUCACCUUCGUCAACACCGUCUACAACCACAACCGUCUCCUACGGUCCCGUGGCCCCAACGCGCUCGACGGGCUACGGUCAUUCCGGUUCGAGUCCAUCCCUGACGGCCUACCGGAAACUGAUGGCGAUAGGACGCAGCAUACUCCUACCGUUUGCGUGUCCAUUGAGAAAUACUGUCUCGCUCCGUUCAAGGAGCUUCUCCUGCGGAUCAACGAUAGAGAUGAUGUUCCUCCAGUGAGCUGUAUUGUAUCGGACGGUGUGAUGAGUUUUACUCUUGACGCAGCGGAGGAGCUCGGUGUCCCAGAGAUUAUUUUUUGGACCAAUAGUGCUUGUGGUUUCAUGACUUUUCUACACUUUUAUCUUUUCAUCGAGAAGGGUCUAUCUCCUUUUAAAGAUGAAAGUUACAUGUCUAAAGAGCAUCUAGACACAGUUGUAGAUUGGAUACCAUCGAUGAAGAAUCUUAGGUUAAAGGACAUCCCUAGCUACAUCCGUACCACAAAUCCUGACAACAUAAUGCUAAAUUUCCUCAUUCGAGAGGUCGAGCGAUCCAAACGGGCCGGUGCUAUCAUUCUCAACACGUUUGAUGAACUCGAGCAUGAUGUUAUCCAGUCUAUGCAAUCUACUCUACCUCCGGUUUAUUCGAUUGGACCGCUUCAUCUCCUUGUGAAGGAGGAAAUCGAUGAAGCUAGUGAAAUAGGACGGAUGGGAUUAAAUUUGUGGAGAGAGGAGACAGAAUGUUUGGAUUGGCUCGAUACUAAAACUCCAAAUAGCGUUCUUUUUGUUAACUUUGGAUGCAUAACGGUGAUGAGUGCAAAACAACUUGAAGAGUUUGCUUGGGGUUUGGCGGCAAGUGGGAAAGAGUUUUUGUGGGUUAUCCGACCUAAUUUAGUGGUCGGAGAGGCGAUGGUGGUUCUUCCGCCUGAGUGUUUAACGGAGACAAUAGACAGGAGAAUGUUAGUGAGUUGGUGUCCUCAGGAGAAAGUUCUUUCUCAUCCGACGAUCGGAGGGUUCUUGACACAUUGCGGGUGGAAUUCAACGUUGGAGAGUCUCUCCGGUGGUGUUCAAAUGAUAUGUUGGCCGUGUUUUUCGGAACAACCGACGAAUUGUAAGUUUUGUUGUGAUGAGUGGGGAGUGGGUAUAGAGAUCGGUAGAGAUGUGAAGAGAGAGGAGGUCGAGACGGUGGUUAGAGAGCUUAUGGAUGGAGAGAAGGGAAAAAAACUGAGAGAAAAGGCGGAAGAGUGGCAGCGAUUGGCCGAGGAAGCGACGAAGCAUAAACUUGGUUCGUCGGUCAUGAAUUUUGAGACGCUUAUAAAUAAAGUUUUGUUAAGAAAUCUUAAAAGUUAAAAGUCUAAUUAAUGCGGUAGUUAAUUACAAUUAUUAUGUGAUCAUAUAAUUAAGUGGUUGACCCUAGACCAUCCUAUAGAUGAGUUUCUCGUUUUAUUGUCUGUUUGUAUCCAGUGUAAAUUGCUAUAGAAUAACUUUAGCAUCAUAA